CUAAAAUACUGUAAAAUAAAAUGAAUAAAAUGGAAAAAUUGAAUACUGACUGUUUUAUUCUUAUUUUUAAUGAAUUACGAAAAGAUAAUAAAUCAUUAUAUUCCUGCCUUUUAGUUAAUAAAGAAUGGUGUCAUUUAGUAAUACCUAUCUUGUGGGAAGGAUAUCCAUACUCUAAUUGUGAAAAAUCACAAGAAAAGUUUUCUAAUGUAAUACUUUCCUGUCUACCAUCAUAUUCAAAACAACUUUUAUUUGAUAUUAAUAUUAAAGUACCUUCAAAUUCCCCAACAUUUAAUUAUGUCAGUUUUUGUAAAUUUCUUAGAGUUGGAUUUGUAGGUAAUAUUAUAUAUUCGGUAUUUAAAGAAGAAGUUUUAAAUAAUUCGAAAAAAAAAAGAUUUUUAGAGCAAGAAAUCUACAAGUUAUUUAUUAAUCAAUGUAAAAACAUUAGAGAAUUAGUGUGGAGAACUUUUCAUCCUUUACAAUCAUAUCCAGGAGCUAUGACAAGUUUCUCUCAACUCCAUAAUCUAGCUGUUGAUCUAAAUUAUGUAAAUUCUAAUAAUCUUUAUGAGACGGCACAGAUUUGCAAAAAUUUGGGUAUAUUAACUAUUUGUGCCUUUUCUCAAGAUGUUCGUGGAUUAAUUUCUUUAAUUGAUGAACAAAGAAAUUUAAAAGUUGUAUCACUUAAUUUUUGUAUUAAUGAAGGAACAUUUAAGGAAUUAAGCAAAGCAUUAGCAAGAAAAGGCCAUACGAUCAAUAACCUUUCUUUAUAUGACUCAGUUGGCUUUACUCCACAUUCAUUUUUAACUUCUCUUAACAAUCUAAAAGUUCUAACAAUUUAUCAUAAUAAUUGUAAAAGUUAUGAAGGAAUUGAAGAAUUCCAAAAAUAUUUAGCAAAUUCAAUAUUCCCAGAUCUUGAAAUUCUUGAAAUUAGUAAUUUAUUAUGCUUUAAGGAAUUUGCAAUGUUAAUUGAAAAAACCAAAGGAAAUAUUUUGGAUAUCUAUGUAAAUAUUUUCAAUAAAUCAGCUAACAAUACAGGAAUGCUAAUUAGUGCAAUUUCUAAUCAUUGUCCAAAGAUAGAGCAUUUAACUACACAUCUUGGACCUAAUGAUUUGAUUUAUGUUAGAUCAUUAUUAAUGAAUUGCAAAAAUUUAAUAAGAUUGUCUCUUAAUAGUUUGAAUGAAAAAAAUGGAAUAGGAGAUGAAUUAUUAAAUAUUUUAGCUGAAUUAUCUCCAAAAUCUUUAACUGAUAUAGAAAUUAGUGGAGAUUGGGAGUAUCCUAUUGAUACUUUUGUAAAAUUUUUUGAAAGUUAUAAGGAACGAAAUUUACUUAGUUUUGUUGUCAGAGAGCUGAUGGUUAACCGGUCGGCCUUGAAACCAAUAAAAUCAAUCGGUAAAGAUCAGUUGAGAUCGGUUAUAACCGAACUUUUGGCAUCCUAUACAGAACGUAAUUUACUUUGUGUCGUUUAA